AUGGAGACGAUGGAGCAACAAAGACAUUCUCUCUCUUCUUUGCCUAUGCUCUCUAGGCUUGAUCAUUUGGAUUUCGUUAUAAAGAAUUUAGAAAGACAACAAAACCUUCCGAAAUGGAAAGAUGAAAGUGCAGCUACCACACGUGCGUUAAUCGAUAGAGGCACAGCGGUUAGAGAAGCUUAUUUCAAAGGAUCGUUGCUAGAUCGAAUCGCGGCUUUGGAGACUAGACUUUUUCAGAUAUGUUUGGAGUUGGAAUCGAGCAGUGCAUCUUCUACUUCAACUGGAGGGUCCGGUGAAACAUCAAGCCAAAGGAUUAAGAAAGAUUUGACAAAGGCAUUACCCAUUUUCACUAGCAACAUCAAUCCUUUUCAUAUCCCCUUACAACAUCCAAAAGACCCUCGGGAAAUGGAAGACAAGAUUGAAGAAGAGAAAGAGGAAGAGAUAAAUAUCGAGAAACCAUUAUUGGAGACGAAGAAGGAGAAAAAGGAUGCUAAUGAAACUUGCAAACCAAAGAAAAAGAAGACAAAAUCUCCCAAGAAAUGGUCUCGAUUAAAUUUAUUGGGUUGCUAAUUUCAGUUUGUUGUUGUUUGCACUAUGCAUGAUUUCAUCUUUCGUUUUAAACCUAAGUUUUUUUUCG